UCGAAUUGCACCAUAUAUGCGGCAAGAAAUGUGCAUUUGGAGGGUCCAUUUCUUGGAUGUGACUUCCACAGUCACACGCACAAAUAAAAAGAAACAACUCCAAAACCUCACUCACACCUUUACCCUUAUAUAGUACAUGCUUCUCAAUUUUCCCAAACCCCUUCUUCUCUCACUCUUCCUUUCACACCUCUUCAGAUGGCUCAGAAGGUUGUGUUAAAGGUUUUGACUAUGACUGAUGACAAAACCAAGCAGAAGGCUAUUGAAGCAGCUGCUGAUAUCUAUGGGGUUGAUUCGAUUGUUGCUGAUGUGAAGGAGCAGAAGUUGACGGUGGUUGGCCAAAUGGACACAGUGAAAAUAGUGAAGAAGCUGAAGAAAGUAGGUAAAGUGGAUAUAAUAUCUGUUGGACCUGCUAAAGAAGAGAAGAAAGAAGAGAAGAAAGAAGAGAAGAAGGAAGAGAAAAAGGAAGAAAAAAAGGAAGAGAAAAAGGAAGAGAAGAAAGAAGAAAAGAAGGAAGAGAAGAAAGAAGAGAAGAAGGAGGACAAGAAAUAGAAGCAAAUCUCAAUGAUCAUCGGGUUUUUUCUUUUUCUAAUUCUACUUAUUUUUCACUUUGUUUUGCAUAUUUUCCCAUAUUCAGAAGCAACUGUAUGCUGCAGAAAUUGUCCAUAGAGUCUUUUUCAUUUUUGAUCAAGUGGGUUUCUUCUCAAAUCUGUUGUUUAUAAUCCUUCUCAAACAUGGAUCAAUCUUCAAUUGCUAAGAUGGAAAAGUUUUGAACUUUUAAUAAAAGGGUGCCCAGAAAAUUGGCCAAUGGUGAUGAAAA